UGUAUGAGGAGGCAGUAGAAAAGAGGAAUCUGAGGUUUAUCACCGAGGCCAAUGCACUCAGAGGCAGAGCAAAGGACAAGAGAGCCACUUUGGCACCUCUUCAGCAACAAAUAAAGGAGGCACUGGGUAGGCUCAAGGAGCUAGAGUCGGGGUGCUGAAACAGACAUCAGUAGAAGACAUUUGUGUAUAUAGUUGCAAUUGUAGCUAGGAUCUGUUUUUCUGUAUACUGUUAUGUGAAGAUGUUCACAAUGGUCUUAUCAAUGAGAACUACCACAAGGGACGACAGGUGAUCACUGUCACAGGUACUGAGAUCCUGGAACAUUUGAUGAACCAAGAACGGUUGAUGGCACCAUCGGACUGAGUAUGAACCCUGGUGAAGGACAAGACCCCCUCACGAGCCAGCUGAGAAGUACACUCGCCUGGUUGGUUACUGACUGGCUGUUUGGACAUGUCUGAGGACAGAUGUGUGUGUGUCUGUGACUGUCUUGCAUUUGGUGGUAUACAUUGUAUAAGUUGUUGAUUAAGAUCCUCAUAAGCAGCAAGUACUUUGAGCAAAUCAAUGUUCGAUGUUUUAGUUCUAUUGAACACAGUGGUCUCUGGUGAUGCUGAAUCUGGCACCUUGAUUCCACCGGAAUGUGAAAUACUAACUGAAAUAGGUGUGUCACCUCUGUGUCUUGGUGUCUCCACUAAUUUUAGUAGGGGUGUCAGGUUCACCAAUCAGACAUUCAUUAAACAGGACAAAAAAGGAAGCAAAGACACCAGUUCAAGUCUCGCGAGGAGAGGAACUGUGUUGUACAAUUCACCACCGCAUUCUUUGAUUAUCCUCUCCUCAGAGCCUCUAUUUAUUUAGUUUUAAGACGCCCCUUAUUUACAUGGAUGUUACAAAAAGGAGACGACAAGCAAAACAGUUUGAAACAAGGUGUACAUGUUUGUUCAUGUGCGUGUGCAUGUGUGGAAGACUGAUGAAUACAUGUGUGGUCAUCAUUUCUUUAACAGGCAAGAGUUCUAACAGUUCUGAUGAUUAGAUGUUUUUGUUCUUGCUAUCUCCUGCUAGGAGGCUGCCAUGUUAUCUAGAGCAGAGCAAAGCAUUUCUUUAUUGGAAGCAGAUGUAUGAUAAUUAUGAUCACAAUUAUUCCUACAUUUCCCCCCUGUUUAUCCUACAUUUGCUACCACAUUUUCUAGAGCAGAGCAAAGCAUUCUUCACUGCAGGCAGAGCAAAGCAUUCUUCACUGCAGGCAGAGCAAAGCAUUCUUCACUGCAGGCAGAGCAAAGCAUUCUUCAUUGCAGGCAGAGCAGUAACUGAAUUGGAGCAGAGCAAAGCAUUUCUUCAUUGCAGUCAGAAGCAGUUACUUAAUGCUAUUUACAAUUAUUUCUACAUUAUCUUCCUGUUUAUCCUACAUUUGCUCAAAUCCUUAAAUCAUCUAAUAGAUCACCAUUUCGGCCUACACUUGGAGGAAAAUAUAGCACUAAUUACUUGUAAUCUUCUGGAUCAGAGAACAGGUCUGGAAGAAAAGUAAUAACGUCGUCAUCGUGGUCAACAAUAUCACUGUCAUUACUCUGUUGUGCCAAUAGUGGAUAUAUUUCUGCCAAUUUUGAAUUUGACGGGGCAAUAGCAGUGGUUAUAAGUUGGUUAAAUGAGGCCUUUAUGCAGGGAAUACAACAACAUCCACACAAUGCAAGAAUAACUGCAAACAGCUAUAGAAACUAGGACAGAGAACACCAAAUUUUUAGAUUUGCCAAACAUUUUUUUUCUCCCCACCACUCAGACCUGGCUGAUGUGUUUACACCAGAGUGCUCCUUCAUCUUGUGGUUCAGGGUGUGGAGGCCUUGAAUGGCCCUUGUGCGUGACCCAUCAGGUGCUGUGAUAUUUGGAAUAAACAACACUGGUCACCGAACAUUGAGCAGUCGCCACCCUUUUUGGCCAGGAGCAUGUCGACCGCCAUGCAGUGCUGGAAUGUCAUGAGUGAGGUUGCAGCUGGUUGUUCCCUCAUGGCAAUAAAGCCUGCUUCCGUAUAAUUACCUAGUUUCCGUACAUUGUAAUGUAUGUAGUUGAUUCUGUCAACGUUUUUAUUCAGAGUUAUCCAUAACAAGAUGAAUUCCCAUCCUGCAGCAAUCUCGUUAACCAAUUUAUACUCAUCUGGUAUGCAGUUGGGAUGCCAUUUGCAUCAAUGUAUGUAAGAUCUCCAUCUUUCCAAGAGGACCUUCGCCUUCGGGAGAACCCAAGGGGAAGUCCAAAGAUGGAUGCGGCCAAUUGUAUAUCCUCUGCUUUGGAUGGAAACAGAGUCACAGAUAAGAGCAGUGAUACCAGUGUACACGUUCCCGCUGCAUUUAUCAGUGUGUCAUAAAACUUUUGACCAACACACCACCACAACAAAUCGCUGCAUGGGAGCAGUGGGGCAGUUUGCAGAUGGAUAUCAUGACACCAUGUUUUGUUGAGACAUCCCACCUUAAAAUCUGUCCCUGUAAAGCUAACACAGGAGAAAUUAGCCAAUGCAACAUGAGUAGAAAAUAUCAGUUUAUCAUUUACUGCCUUAGUUGUUGGAUAAACACUUUUCCAUUUCUGACAAGUGGUGUUAGGAGUUGUUUUAGUCAUUACUUCCAGGGUACAUUGUGUUGGGAUUUCUGUUGGAAUGACACGCAUUAGUGGCCCAGGGCCCAAGCAUGUGAUGUAACUAUAGUUUAGCUUGUUAGCUGCAUUCUACAUUAAUAACAACCAGUUUUGUUUGGUAUUUGUAAAAAAGAUAAUCAUAAUAAUGAAAAAAUGUUCCUCAGGCUUUUUCGGUUAAAAUACUCCCUCCAUAGUAUACGUACUCUUUUGUAUGGCAUUCGGGUUUAAGGUAGCAUUAAAUUGGCAAAUGGUGAGAAGAAAGUGGGGGUUUCAUUUAGCAUAAGCCCAAAGAUGGAAUCCCAGCAAUUAGACUCUGCCAAGGAAUUGAAAAAGUGCUGAACUGAUUCACUGGGAGGCACACAUGGAGUCCUCCUCUCAUGCCUCGGUGACUCCCGCAUAGUUGUUUACCAAAGUUAUUUGAAAUUAGGUUGCGCCUCUUUAUUUUAUGUGUGGUAGGCAUAGUUGACUGAGUAUAAUUAUUGGUUCUGUUUUGUAUUUUUGUCAGCUUCGCAGGUGUCCAAAAGUAGCAUAUGAACAAAAAUAUCAUUACGGCUGUCAAUGUUCCAGCCCAACAUGCUAUCAUAUUAUUUAGCCAUUUUGAAGUCAUGUCUACCAAGUCACCCCUAAAUGAGUCAAGUGUCUUUUAAAUCUUCACCAGCCUUCAGGUAUUUUCAGAUACUAUAAAUCUACACCCACCGUAUGCUGAACUUUUCUCACCUUUCCCCUUGGGUGACUCAGCUGAGAUGACCUUUUACAGUGUGUAAGGUGUAUCCAUGUGUUCCUUUCUGCUAUUUUGUCCAUGUCAUUCAGCUCUUGCUCAGUCUAUGCCAGUGUUCGGAUAGAACUGUAUGUACAGUAGAUGUGAAUUCAUAAACAGACAUAGGAUGAAUAAACAAAUGGCAGUAUUAUUAAAGCACAGUAACUUGUUCCAUUUUUUUUUCUUUUCUGAUGGCGUAGUGCAGGGAUGUCAAACUCAUUUCUCUUGCGGGCCACGUUGUAGUUCAGGUUUCCCUCAGAGAGACAUUUUGAGUAAAGGCAGCAUGGGAUCGAUUCCCGCUCAGUGAUGGUGUCAACAUCUGCACUGCGACUGGCUGGCGACCAGUUCGGGGUGUAGUCUGCCGCUGCCCGAAGUUAGCUGGGAUUGGCUCCAGCUCUCUCUCCGAAUAAAUGCAGAAGGGUUGCGUCAGGAAAGGCAUCUGGCGAAAAAAAAUCAAAAAGACAGUUACUCCUGCACCACCAUGACAAUGGCACAAAAAUGGCUUUACCCAUCAAUGCUGAUAAAAUUCCCAAUUUGUUUCUAGUCCUAUCAAAUUGUUGCAUGUAAAAUUUCCUCGUGACACGCCAUUAGAAAACAAUGCUUUUUUGAUUUUCAAAAGAAGUUAAUGGAUACACAGAAUCCCCCAACUUUUUUUUUUUUUUUUUUUUUUGCAUUCGUUAUCAAUUAAUAGCAAUUGGUAUUAUCUCUGGAUAUGUGCAAACAGAAUCUUGUUGUUUGUUUUUAUUUUAUUUUGUUUAUUUUUUGGGGGUGGGACCUUGAGUGGUUCCCACAGGUACCACUCGAACAGAAAAAUGAAAAUAACGGUUAGCGUUUUCAUCCAACACCCAACAGCAAAAUUUAACUGUUUAGUCACCAUUAUGACAGCAGUCUCACUUCAAUGUGUAACCGGACUACAGCGACCUUGGCAGUGGGAAUGUGAACACCUAUCUUACAAGUGGCCAAUAAAAACAAAUUAGUUUUAUUUGUUAACAAUGGUUUCAAAAGCAAUAACUUUCCUACAAUCAACAAAUGAACUCAAGUACCCCUUUUUGCAAUUUUUUAAUCUCUUUGGGGUUGUUAAUAACUCAGAGGGCUACCAGGUGGAUUAUGCAGUGGUAAACUGAAACAUCAAUUGAAUGAUUCUCCCGCAUCAUCUCCUGAAUCCCACCUACCAGUCCACUUUUCUGAGUAAAUAUUGCGGGCGCACAAUCUGUCAUUAGUCCCAUAAAUUUACCCUAUGGCAGCAUCAUUUCAGUUAGACUCCUCGAAGAUUUACUUGUGGUUGUGGCAUGCUUGGAUUUUAAUCUGAAAAAUUCCUCUGUAAUUUCAUUUCCACUCAACGGAUAAAUGUUGAUAGUAGGGCAGUAUCUGAUGUGUCGCUGCUUUCAUCAACAACAAGUGAGUAUUCCAAAAAAAUCUUUCCCUUCUCCUUCAGUUGUUCUUGUUGAUUAGUAGCAAGCUCACAAGCAUGCGCAGCUACAGUGUUUCUGCUUAGACUUGCUUUUAAAAUGCUUCAUUUUUAUCUGGGCAAACAGCAUCGCAAACUUUGAGCAGGCACUUUUAACAAACUCUCCCCCUGUAAGGGGGCUGACUGAUUUGGCAAUCUCUGCGGCAGUAAUAAAACUAGCCUUUACAACAGCCUCACUUUGGGAUUUUGGUUUGGUAAACAAAGUUUGCGGAGAAACCAGACUUCAUCUCCUCCACCUUCCGAAGCUUUUGUUUCUCGUUCAGAUCCUGAUACCUGUCCUGGUGUUUCAUUUCAAAGUGUCGUAUAUUAUAUAUAACUACAGACACACUGAGUCCACACAAGACAAACAGGUUUGUCUUUUAAAUUGAUGAACAUAUAGUUUGGCUCCCACCUAUUUUGAAAGGUCGUUUUUUUUCUGUCUUUCGUUUGGCCAUUUUUCGUAAGGGCUUUAUAACGUGAGUUCAUCCAUCCAUCCAUCCAUCCAUCUUCUAUCGGUUUUCCAGGUCGGGUCGUGGUAGCAGUAGCUUCAGCAGCGAUAUCCAGACUUCCCUUUCUCCAGCAACUUCGUCCACCUCUUCUGGAGGGAUCUAGAGGCGUUCCCUGGCCAGCCGAGAGACAUAAUGUCCCCAGCGUGUUCUGGGUUAUCCCCAGAAUCUCUUUCUGGUGGGAUGUUCCCAGAACACCUCACCAGGGAGGCGUCCGAGAGGCAUCCAGAUCAGGUGCCCUAGCCCCCUCAUCUGGCUCCUCUCAGUGCGGAGGAGCAUCGGCUUGACACUCAGCCCCUCCGUGAUGAGUGACCUUCUCAACCUAUCUCUAAGGGAGAGCCCGGACACCCUGCGCAGGAAACUAAUUUCAGCGCCGUGUUUCCGGGAUGUUAUUCUUUCGGUCACGAACUGUGGGUCAUGACCAUAGGUGAGGGUAGGAACAUAGAUCGACUGUUUGCCUUUCUACUUAACUCCCUCUUCACCACAAAGGUUUACAAAGUAACCUUACAAACCUUUACAAAGUCUGCAUUGCUGCAGACGCUGCACCAAUCCGCCUGUCGAUCUGCUGCUCCAUUCUUCUCUCACUCAUGAACAAGACCCCAAGAUACAUGAACUUCUCCACUUGAGGCAGGAUCUCUUCACCGACCCGGAGAGGGCACGCCACCCAUUUUCAACUGGAAAAUCAUGGACCAUGUUCUCAGAUUUGGAGGUGCUGAUUCUCUUCCCAGUCGCUUCACACUCAGGUGCGAACCGCUCCAGUGAGCUUUGGAGAUCACGGCUUGAUGAAGCCAAUAGACCCACAUCAUCUGCAAAGAGCAGUGAUGCAAUGCUGAAGCCACCAAACCAGACACCCUCGACGCCUUGGCUGCGCCUGGAAAUUCUGUCCAUAAAAGUUAUGAACAAAAUCGGCGACAAAGGGCAGCCUUGGCGGAGUCCAACCCUCUCUGGAAACAAAUCCGACUUAAUGACCAAACCAAACGGACCAAACUCUGGACACUGGUCGUGCAGGGACCGAACAGCCCGUAUCAGGGGGAUGCACCCUCAAGGAUCCUGCCGAGGGUGUAGAGCUGGUCCACUGUUCCAUGGCCACGACGAAAACCACAUUGCUCCUCCUAAAUCUGAGAUUCAAUUUUCCCGACAGACCCACCUCUCUAGCACCCCUGAAAAGACCUUACCGGGGAGGCUGAGGAGUGUGAUCCCCCAGUAGUUAGAACACAACCUCGGGUCCCCCUUCUUAAAAAGGGGGACCACCACCCCAGUCUGCCAAUCCAGAGGUACUGUCCUCAAUGUCCAUGCGAUGUUGCAGAGGGUUGUCAACCAGGACAGCCCCACAACAUCCAGAGCCUUUAGGAACUCCAGGCGAAUCUCAUCCACCCGCAGGGCCCUGCCACUGAGGAGCUUUUUAACCACCUUGGUGACCUCAAUCCUAGAGGUAUAAAAGCCUGCCUCAGACAACCUAGACCCUGCUUCCUCAUGGGAAGGCGUGUUGGUGGAACUGAGGAGGUCUUCGAAGUAUUCUCCCCACCGACUCACAACGUCCUGAGUUGAGGUCAGCAGUGGCCCAUCUUCACUAUACACAGUAUUAACAGUGCAUUGCUUCCCCUCCUGAGACGGUAGACCAGAAUUUCCUCCAAGCCGUCUUGAAGUCGUUUUCCAUGGCCUCACCGAACUCCUCCGAUGCCUGGAUUUUUGCCUGAGUAACCACCAAAACCGCAUUACGCUUGGCCAGCCGUUACCUAUAUGCUGCCUCGGGAGUCCCAAGACCAGAAAUACCCAAUAGGACUUCUUGUUCAAGUUGGCUGCAUCCUUCACUGUUGGUGUCCACCAACGUGUUCUGGGAAUGCCACUACGACAGGCACCGAGCAUCUUACGGCCACCGCUGCGAUCGGCUGCCUCAGCAAUGGAGGAAUGGAACAUCGUCCACUCGGACUCAAUGUCCCCUGGCUCCCCCGGAACAUGAGCAAAGUUGUUUCGAAGGGGGGUGUUAAAAUUCGGCCAGCCAUUCCCAGCAGACCCUCACAAUACGUUUGGGCCUGCCACGUCGGAUCGGCAUCUUCGCCCACCAGGUGGUGAUCAAUUGACAGUUCCACCCCUCUCUUCACCCAAGUGUCCAAGACGUGCGGUCGCAAGUCUGAUGACACAACCACAAUGUCGAUCAUUGAACUGCGACCUUGAGUGAGGGCACCAUUAUACCUGAACAUGGUGUUCGUUAUGGACAAUCCGUGAUGAGCGCAGAAUUCCAAUAACAGAACGUGGUAUGUCUUUGUGCUUAUGCAUUUUGUUUUUUAUUUUAUUCUAAAAACGAAAAAAAAUGUUCUGUCAAAUUCUGCGUGUAUUGAAAACUUUUAGAGAUCACAGCUCUUUCUUUGAAACAUAUUACUGAUUUUUUCCGGACGGUUCUGGUGGCUAUGAACAGUAGGAAACAAUUUCACAAAUCACAAAAAUUCAAAAUGACAUUGUUAGGUUGCAUAGUGGUGCAUUUUUUGUGGCCAAAAUAAGUUUCUAUGUAAAAUUAUUUGUAAAGUAGCAAAAAAUAGCUCAUCAUUAUCAUACAAUCACCUAUCAUGUGAAAAAAUACUCAUGAAGAUAAAAUAGAUGUCACAUUGUCAGGUCUGAGCGAGACCUUGAAAGUGCUUGAAAGCUGUACCUAGCAAACAUGGUUCUGUUGAGUAUUUCUGAUCCCACUGAAAAGGAGCCAUUAUGUCCUUUUGUAGCGUAUGAUCAAAAGACUUGAAUCUUUCUGAAGUUAUAGUGAAAUUCAACAUAUUUCAUUUAAAAUUGUUCAAGUUUUCUUUAAUAAAUGUAUGUAUAUAAUGGAAUUUUUCAGCUGAGAGUUAAAAAUUUUGAGUGACUUUGUCAACUUAAAUGACAGAAUGAGAAGGACUGGUCAGUUUUGUGACAGCGUGCAGUAGCGUAGUGAUCUCGUGGGGUACCAUGGCUCUGGUGGUAGGGUGGUCGUCUCCCAAUCAAAUCCUGGGCCUUAUGACCAUGUAUGGAGUCUCCUUGACCAAGAUCCUGAACCCCCACUUGCUCCUGGUGCUGCAUUAUCAUUAGGUGAAUGAGGAGUCAAUGUUAAGCUGCUUUGAGCAUCUUGAUAGUUGGAAGAGUUAUGAGAGAGAAAGUCCAUUACCAUUUAAUGUCAAGAUUCCCAACAAGUAUGCUAUGGGAAGUAACAGAUUUCACAUAAUUGCUCAGAAAAUUAUUUAUUUAUGACAAAUAUCUUUAAUUAUUCUAUCUUUAAUUAACAAUCUAUGCCAGUGACACAGAGUGAAUGCCAGAAAAUUAUAAUGCUCUUCUAGUCGAUGACAGGAGUUACAUGAUGAAGCUGUGUAUUACAGUUACUUUUUGCAACAUUUUUUUUCAGUCAAGAGUCAUGAGAUUUUUUUUCAAAUAUAAAAAAGGUGCCUUGGCUUAAUUCAGGUUGAGAAACAUGUAAUGAUUUGUAUCAUAAACCCAAGAUUAUUAUUUUGGGUCAAAAUUUUGGGCACAUCUCAAAAAAAAAAAAAACUAUCUCAUAUUGUUAGAAAUGCACAUUGAUAAAUGCAAAGUGUAUUUAAUUUGAUCUAGUAUUAUCAAAUAAACUGUGCAAGUGUAAGCACACAGAGGUAAUAAGAACAAUUUAUUUCCUUCAGUCGCAUCUUUGGCCACCUGCUUGACUACAACAUUGACACAAUAAAAUAUACUGUUAAUGUAUGUGUAUUAAUAUAUUAUGAGUUAUUAAGGGGUUAAUAAAUUAUUAAAAUCCUUUUCAUUCUGCCGUUUAAAGUAGUUGUUUUUUUCUGUGCAUUUUAUGCUUGAAACAAAGUGUACAAAAAAAGAGCUUGUGUAUUUGUUGUAUUUUUAGGCUUAAUAUGCAGUGUUUGAAUUUGUUCUGCUAUAAGUGUAUUAGUAUUUUCCUUUGGGAGUUUGGAAUUGAUCUGAAUAAAAGUAUUUUAUUUUACAGAUAAGAUUAUGUGAAGGAAUUGGAGUUGAAAUAAGCAAAUACCAUAAGUAUUUGCAUUAAUAAUACUUUAAAAUGGCUAAAAAAAAAAAUACUUAGUCUAUUAUUGUAAUGGUACUUCCUGGUUUUGAUGACUGUGGCAAAGAUAAAAAAAUAAAGUCAGUGACGUUAUUCACCCUGAAUGUUGAAUUUCUUUCAUUUUAUGACAUACAGUGGAACCUUAAAGAACAAUCCUGGUACACUUUCAUACUGCCUACAAUUUUUUCGAGAUUUCAAAUUAUACUACAUUCCCCAAAAUAUUCUCUAUUGCCUUGAUUUGCAUAUGAAGCGAAGUGACAUCCCAUUUCUAAUUUAUUGGGUUUACGAUGACGUUAGCCCACUGUUUACAACUAUAAAGGCUUUAACUCUUCCAGGAAUGCUAAGUUAUUUUCGCUCAGAAGAAGUAGUAGGCAGUCUAUUCCUCCAUGCCAAUUCCAGUGGGCCAUUGACAGUGGCUGACUAAGGCGAGCCCAACAAACUUGUCGCCUCCUGGUUUUAUUGAGCUGGAGGCAUUUUUUUUUGUACAGAGACAUAAAGUUGCGGCUGCAGGGACUGAAAUGAGUCUACUUUCAAAUAUUAACUGACAUUUUCAAAACUUGCAUAUUAUACCUUUGUUUCUUCUACAUAUCACUGUGCAAAGGUCUCCACCACUAGUUUUCGUGUUUCUAUAACAUUUAGUAUUUUAUAUACAACAGAUAUCGUGUAACACUGUUAAACUGUCAAUAGUUUCCUUCGUAGCGCAAAAAAUAGCAUGGAAAUUUAUAGGAAGAUAGGACUAACACAUAUGGUGAUCCACCAUUUUGGCCUUUGUGGAGACCCGUUCUCGGAAUUGACACUUUGUACGGUACCAAACAAAUAGUGGUGUAAUGACGUAUUUAUUUAUAUUCCUAUCACGUAACUGUCGGCAAGAUAGCCUUCCAGACAUUAAUACAUUGUUUGAAAUCAUUAUAAAAGGCAAUAAAUCAAUGAUAUAGAUACUAGGAAAUAAUUGUAAUUCCAUUUACUGUACUUGAUUUUUCAGUUAGCAGCUGACAAGGCUACUUUGUUCGUCUUUUUUCUUUGUUUUAUUUUCCAUGCUCCACAUCUAAUCACUGUUGUCCAUAGUGACACCGCAGUAUAAGUACAAGUAUGUUGUUGAUUUCAGCACUUAUUUUCAUUAUUAGUUUCAGACGUCAGGGCAGAUGAGCAGGAAGCAAGAAAUUACUAUUAAAGGGACACAGACCAUGUGAACUACAGGAAAGUAUUUCAGACUCACAUUUGUGCUACAGAGAGCUGGUUUGUUCAUUUAUUUAUUUCUCUUAUUAUUAAUACUAAAAUAUUUUCCUAAUGAGAACGCUACAUUGUUUCAGUUUUAACCAUUACUAAUUCUAUUCUAUUCAUUUUAUUCUAAAAAUUUUGAUCCAGCAUGUUACAGCGGAGAUAUUUUUAAGGACCCUGUCAUAAUUCAAUUGAAGUCACUUCCCUCCCCUUUUAUUCCACAGCAAUACAAUCGGUCAUCAACUUUUAUUACGCACUCAGUUACAAAACACAUACAGUACAUUAUAGAACACAAUACACGAUAAGACAUAAAAGAAAAAUGCUAAUGAAAAAGCUUUAUAUUUAAUUAUCAUAAUUAGGUUUUAUCGGAUUCCUUUACAGCAAACAACAAGACUGAAAUAAAAUUCCUCUGCUUUGUCCUGCAGGUAUUUUUUUCACUGUCACACUGGAAGAAUUUUUGCAUAAAAACUCAAUGAAUGGAUUUUCAGCCACUGAAUUGUUUCAGCUUGUAUCAUUCUAAAUGAACCAAUAUAUUCCUUGAAUCAAAUUGACAACAACUCAUGAUACAAAUUGAACCCCAGUAUCUAAUAUGCAGUAGUAGCAUUCCUAAAACAGCAAAUCUCGUGGUGCCAUAUGGCUUUAACACUGUAUUUUCAGUUCCUCUGUCACAAUUUAAUUAAUCUUGGAACAUAGUUUAAGUGCAGUGGUACCUCUACUUAUGAAAUUAAUUCGUUCACGAAGUCAUUUGGUAGCAUGAUUUUUUUUUCCUUAAGUAGAAGCUUUUUUUACAUGUAAAUAGCCACAUCCAUUCCAAGCCCUCCUCUCCCCGAAAAAAACAUUCAAAGUACAUAAUGUAAAGAAUAAAAAAAUAUAUAUGAUCAUUUCCCUUUGGUGUUUGAGCAACUUAUGCGAAGAGAAAGGUGAGUGACAAGUGAAACGCAUGGUGUGAGACGGAGGAGGAGGCUGCUGAAAAAGAACACGUACGAAUGUAUGCACGCACACAACUCCACUAAAAUUUCUUAGGGCCCUCGUUGAAGAAAGCUGAAUAAACUUGCAAUAAACUUGCAAUAAACAUAAAUGAAAAACUUACUAAAAAAGUUGUACAUUACCAAUGUGCACUAGCGUGUGACAAAGCGUGUGAAAGCACGAGCGUGUGAGUCGGUGAUACUCGAGUGUCGACUGGAAAUGAAGAGCAUCACGAGUAAAGAUUGAGGUCCCUCCUAGCCAAUGAGAUGCCAGGAAGAUGCUUGACGAUAGCUAAUGGGAGAGCAGCUCUUUCACACCACUUUGAAACCCAAGAAACAGGAUAUUUACGUUCAGUGGACUUUGAGGGCGGCGAAUAGCAGGGCCUUUUUUUCCUUUCAUAUCCUGAAUUUUCCUUCAAAACUAGAGACAAUAUUUUUCUGAUGAGGCGUUUCGUAACCUGAAUUUUUCAUUACAAGAGCCGUUCGUAAGUUGAGGUACCGCUGUACUGAAAGGAGGACUUUGUCAAAAAAAAUGGGAAUGGGAGCACACAUUAAAAGUUAGUAGAUGAAGGUUCAGUGUUUCUUUUAAUGCCCAAAUUAUCCACAGAUUUCACCUAGAAACAGCUCUAAAUUGGAAACUAUUCUCGAAAUUUUUCUCUCGCUCAGACAUUUCACUGAUCCUGACUGAAAAACUGACAGCCAAUCAGCGUUUGCCACGACUACAGUGCUUCCUGUUCUGACCCCAUUGCUUGUGGAUACAGUUUCACUGAACAGAGAACAGAAUGUCCACUAUCUGGCAUUUUGUUGGUGAUUUUUGUGAAAAAUAAUUACAAACAAACAAAAGUAAUUAUAUUAAUUAAUUAAUAAAUAUUAUUUUUUUAACAAGAUAAACAAAUUUGGGUGCGUUUUCUCAUUGUUACAGUUUGGGGCACAAAUCUUCAGCAUCUUGGUCUAGCUAGAAAAAAUGGUCUGGAAUGGUCAGCCCCGGUGACUUCACAGGGCGAGGUCAAGGACGUUUCUUCCAGGUCUGACUGUGAAAGCUGGCACAUAUCCAGAUAUUGCAUGGAUUUCAAAAAUGUUCUUUAUUUUCCUCUUUUUUUUCAAUUCAUCUCCAAAAUGUAUGUAAUAAUAAUAUUACUUCAUAUUGGAGGAUUUAUUGUACAGAGAAAUUUUGGACAAAGUCUUCCUUUAAGUUACCAUUACAGUGGAGGGUGUGGAAGCAAGGUUAUCUUCAAUGAGGAAACACAACACUGGCUCAGUCUCACCACUGCUGUGUGUACUGUAAAGACUACAAAAUAUAUACAUGUAUUCCAUGUAAGUCAGAAUAAAAGAGAUGAAUAGUUGAGAUAAACUGAUACCCACGGAAUAUCUAUUUAGGAGCUUGCCACUGUGACAGAUGGGUGUCUUCAACUCACUCUUACAAUGGGGACACUGGUAUACAGCUGAAAAUCACAAACAGUGUGAUUUUACGUAUGCAUUGGGAAUUUUUCAGAGGAUUAAGAGUUACAGCACCUGUUUCCUCCUGUGAUGAAUUUGAUUCCAAUAUAUCACAGUUGUUUUCACUGUUUUGCAAAACCUAUUAAAGAGAAAUAAAAGAUGUGAGGUCAAGCCAUGAUAAAUAUUGUUCCUAUUUCGACAAACAAAACAAUAUUCAAAAUGCUUUCCUGCUGUAGCUACAACCUGAGGAAGUGUUUAUGAAGAUGACAUUAUAAAUUGAACUCAACUCUUCACUCAUGUCUAUUAACAAGAAACGGGAUACAUCUACUGUAUGUCUAUGGUUUACAGGGGAAAUAAGGCGGUCCUCGUGCUGGGGUGUCACCUAUCCCUGCUUGGCUCCUAUUUAAUAAUGAAUUAGACCAAGCAGAGUGUUGGUUUACCAUCAGAUGAUUUGUCUAAUGACAAAGUUUAAAAGAAAGAAUGAUUUACACCACCUUGAUGCUUCUGGGAAUUUGCAUGUAUACAAUUCAAGAUGAGUAUUACAUUAAAAAAGAAAAGUAUACGUCUCAUUUUUGCAUUUUUUUUUUCUUAAAGCAGUAUUUCUUAAACUGUGGUACAGGUGCCACAAGUACUUCACACAAUGUGAAUGAAUUACCGGAUUAAAUACAUAAAAUUUACAUUUAAUACAUGAAAUAUAAAUGUGACUUUUGUGGAAUGGAGUGUUUUUAUUUUUCUACUUUGCAUGUACAUUACAUUUUAAAGCAGUUUAAGGAUUUUUUUUGGGGGGGUAAAAGAAUUUUUUUUUCAUGUGGAUUGCAUUUUGAUGAAUUGUCAUUCAUGUAGGUUUUUUUUUCAUUAAGCUCUAUGUUAAUGUUCAAACAUUGCAAGCAUUAUGUUAAAAUGGUUUACAACAAUAAAUAAAGUUGUACUGUACUGUUAAAAAAUGUCUUGCUUUUGAUGAACACUUUAGACUACUACACUACUGUUAGUCAUUAUGGUGGUACUUAAAGAUCUAAGUUGUUUUUUUUGGGGGGGGCGGGGUGAUACUUGAUGUAAUGUAUUUGAGAACCACUGCUUCAAAUAUGUCCAUUGAUAAUGACCUCCAAAUCAUUGCUACUGUACAGUAUAUGCAUCUGUCUUUAUGUUACAAGCUUGUUUUUAAGGUGUUUAUUUUUUUUAUGUUUGUAGUUUAGGAUGUGUAUUUUAUUUUUUGCCAUAGAAUAAGAGUAUGUUGAGUUUUAAUCAGAAUUUAGGGACAGUAUACUUGUCUGUCUCUGGCCAGCCUUCUAUCCAGAGCACUCUGACGCCGUCUGGCUUCCCAAUGCAUAGCUGACAUCUUGACAGCACCUCGAAACAGUUAAGAAAUUUAUUGAAUAUUGAUCUCCUGUUUCUUUAAAAGGCUUACACUGUACAUUCACAUGUAGAAAGACAAACGGGUAACUGGAAUAUUUACAGUUUUAUUUACAUUAUCUGUUAAAAAUAUACACUUAGUGUUUUUGUUUUACCUUCCGGCACUCCAAACACUCACACAAUGAUUAAGGUUAAAGGUUUAUGCUAUAUUGUGGUUUGUGUAUCUGAAGACUGCACCUACUUCCUUCGAAUAGAUAACGAGAAGGCUGUCCUUCUGAAUUAAUUUUGUCUCCAAAACAGAUCUCUGAAGGGUGUGUGUAUUGUGUAAAGGAUGUAAACAUGCAUUCCUUUUAUGAACUUUGUCGUCUGUCCUGAUUCCUCUCUUUUUGUCUUGUGACUGUUCCAGAGUGACACUGCACAUACCAAUGUACCAGCUCACCAAUGGUUGUAUUUUAAAAGUGAAACAACAAAGGAAGCACACUGAAGAAAUAGUUGGCAUUGCAUUUCUAACACCACUAAUAUGAUCUAUUUGAAAUACUAUACUUUGCAUUAUCAUAAGUUGCACCAUGUAAAUGAACUGCUUUUGAUGAGAACAUCUAGAUUACGGUUAGUAACAAUUUGCCAAUCACAUCAAAUCAAUAAUAGUGUAUACUUACAGAGAUUCCUGCCAUCCAAAGCAAUCUAACAGCCACUGUAGGAGACAGAGAUAUCCCGCUCACUUUACUCCACUCCUAUUUCUGACCUCUAGUGUAGUCCCCUGGCAUCUUUAUGCUCUCUUAGGCUACUUUUCUUUAAGAGAAGACAUGUAGGGGUGGAUAAAUCAUUGCUGUACCUCACUGGUAAUUGUACAAAGCUUUUGCCCGAAGUUAGCUUGGAUAGGCGACCCUUGUGCGGAUAAGCGGUUUUAAAAUGGAAUUGGACCUUUAAAACACACUGUUGGAUAUAUGUAUCGAAGGGCACCAAAGAUUGAUUGCCAAUAAGGAUUUGAGGGUAGUGCAACUGUGGAGCGUUGGCCUCAGAGUUCUGAGGACGGGGGUUCAAAACCCGCCUGUGUGGCGUUUUCAUGUUCUCCUUGUGCCUCUGUGUGUCACGUCCCAUCGAAACGAGAGUAGGACCCAAAUGCAGGAACUCGGAAGACGCAAGGUAGUUCAAGAAGAGACACGUUUAUUAUAUGCCGAGGUCGGGAAUCGAGCAGGCAGUCCGGUGCAGCAGCGGUAGUUGGGACGUCGGGCGAAGAGAGCAGGUGAGCGGGCAGGCAGAAGUCGGUACACGGGAGAACAAUCAACGCCUAAAUAUGACCUUAUACAUUUAAUCAACAGAUAAAGUGUUGUCCAUUUGCUAAUCGGACAAGGAUGUGUUGUGGAGCCGGUGGUUGUCCUUGAUUUUUGUAUGCGGAAAACCGGCUGGCGCCAUCCUCCUGUCUCAGGCGUUGCCGUGGAGACGAACGACACCAGAUAGGAGUGGAAAGUUACCAUCCCGGCCCAGGUUCAGACGGCGAGGGGGGGCACCCACUUCCACCAAUGACCCAUAUAGAUAAAAACCGUGUUACCGGGCAGCCCUUGUCUUCUUCUUGGGUCAUCCUGCCAGAAGACGCAUGUCUCGUGUGCGGAAGAUACCUAGAUAAGACCCGGACAUCUGUACUGCACAUUCCUUUGUAAUAAAUUCAUUUGCUGUUAACUUUUUCUAAUCAUUGGUCAUAUCUUCCUCGACUCGUGAACACGCGUAAGGUCCAAACUCGCAAAUCCCCUACAAAACCCACGCAUGCACGGGGAAAACAUGCAAACACUACAAAGGCGGUACCAGAAUUGAACCCAGGACCACAGAACUUUGAGGCCAACACUUUCCAGCUGACCCACCUUGCCGUACAGUACUUCAUUUAGCUCAAACAUUAGUUCUACCUUCAACUUUCACAAUCUUUGUUCUCCUGUGGCUUCUAGCUCUUCCAGUCAUGCUUGUUCGUAACACUUGUCCCUUGUCUCUUUGCCCAGACUUUUCUUUUUGUAAUAAAACCCCACAAAACAAGAUUGCAUCCUUACUUUUAUGGUGUCAGAAAAAGAUUUUGCCCCGGAAUAUUAAAUGUACAAAAUAUUAAAUCAUUGCUUUCCACAACGGUUAAUAAUUUCUAAGACAAUAUGUUUGUCUAAUUCUAAACAGAAAGCAUCGCUCUACUUUUACGGUACGUGUAUGUGCAAUUGAAAACUUCAGACCUCACUACACUUUACACUUUUCUUUCGAGACGACAGAUGGUGCUGUUCUCAUGGUUUUAUUUUGACACUCGCCGUUUCCAUGUCCCUUAAAAAAAUGUGUCUGCCCUACCUCAGACAGCAACUACACUAACACAAGGGCAUUCGCUGAACAAGAAAAGAUGUGUUUCAUAUGUUCAUGACUUGGGUUGUUAUUAUUCUGGUAUUCCUAUUCCACUGGAAUUUCAACAAUGGGUUACGUAGGUAUAUUGAUUGUGAUUCCAAAUAAGCCUCCCGAAUCAAGUUGCUUCAUUUUUUUCCCCCUUCGCCGGCCACUGUCCACUGGUGACGUCAGAUCUUAGUGUUGACGCCCGCCCCUCGCCCUUGGUGGACUAAAGUGCUUGUGUGUGCGUUGCCUUCUCGGUUGCCACACAGGAAUCCGAGGGAAUAACGUCCAAUUGUGGCCUCUCGAAAGGCUUCCCCUAAAGGUUGCUGUUUGAAACUAACUCGGUGUUUAGUGUCGAGUUGUAACACAACAACGAUAGAAAUUAUUUGUUCUGGCGUGGAAGUAUAAAACAGUUCUCAUCCAGACCUCGAGUGCUAGUUUGCGAUCCCCAGCCUGCACAGCCCUCCCCAUUUAACCACACUUUCCCUCCCAAGAACAGUCUUCACAGAAGUGGAAAUCUCAGUCAGAUACUUUCACAAUUUUGGACAGAAACAUGGGCAACCAGUUGACAGAGAUUGCCCCUAACACCACAUUCCUCCCAAACCUCCCGUCUUUGCACAUUGUUGUAAUCGGUUUGGAUAAUGCAGGGAAAACCUCGCUCCUCUACAGACUCAAACUGCAGGAAUUUGUUGAGACGGUCCCCACCAAAGGCUUUAACAUGGAACAUAUUAAAGUGCCUAUGGGGAAUCCAAAAGCCAGCACAUUGACUUUUCAGGUGUGGGAUGUUGGCGGCCAGGAGAAAUUGAGGCCUCUCUGGAAAUCGUACACUCGGAGGACUGAUGGAUUGGUGUUUGUCGUGGAUGCAGCUGAGGCCGAGCGAAUGGAGGAAGCUAAGAUGGAGCUUCACAGGAUCAGUAGGUCUGCUGAAAAUCUAGGGGUACCUGUUUUGGUUCUGGCAAACAAACAAGACCUGGAAUCAGCCAUGUCACCUUCAGAGGUGGAGAAAGUUCUUUCCGUCCAUGAAAUGAGCUCAUCCACGCUACACCAUACACAAGGCUGCUCAGCACUGGAUGACCAAGGUCUGCAAUUGGGCCUGGAGAAACUGUAUGAGAUGAUUCUAAAGCGGAGGAAGAUACUUCGACAGAGCAAGAAGAAGAGAUGAUAGUGAAGAUGUUGGUAUUGGUGGUAUUAGACAACGGGAAUGUGAUUUUAAGCAGAGCUCAACAGUGGUAUUAAUGUCACUAAUUUGGAAGGGGACAGUCUUUUUGUUAAGCUAGGUUGGUUCCAAACCAACUUCAGACAUUGCCUUUAAGAGCUGUUACAAAUCGAACAAAUCAUUCAGGCAGAGUUACAACCCAAUACCAGCAGAUGAUAGCAUCGGCUCUAGAACACUCCUUUUUGUUCAUCUGCCUGUUCAGGAGCUUUACCAUAAACCGGGAAAGACUGAUUUGAACCUGUGCAAUAUUAUAGACUCAUCGACGCAAUCUCUCCAAUGUUGAAGGAUUCAUUAGGGGGAAAAAAUAUAUAAGCAGUAGUUUUGGGUUAAUUUUUGUUCAUGUAAUUACUAUUUAUGUUGCAUGUUGUCACCAAGUACAGGGAAUAGAGUGAGCCCUUGCACAUUAGCAAUUCACCAUCCGCGGCCCCGCAUAUUCGCGGAUAUAUUUUAUUUAUAUUUAAUAUACAGUGUGUCACGAUGGAAGAGGAUCUAAAUUCUCUUCUAAAUAGCACCACAUUGUAAUGUGCCAAAUUAGACAUGGCUCACAAUGUGGUGCACCUUAUGUGCACUCAGAGUUUCAACAUUUGCAAAUAAUGUGUGACUUACCCAACAAUUUACAAUCAAACACACUGGUUUCACUGUUAGCAUGCAUGUCAGCAUGUGUUUUAGCGUGUAUGUAAGCUACCAUAUGAUGGCUCUUAUGAGGCAGUCAGGAACAAUUACAUUUCACAUCUGUAAGGAGGAGAAGCUUACAUUGCCCCUCACACAUUCUGCACAUUGAGGUCAUUACUGAUGAUGUUGUACACAGUGUCACAUCGAAACUAAAAUUAUCACACAUUUACAUCCUCCCAGUAUGCUUUGUGCCACUAAGGAGCAUGCUGGUAGGAUAUAAAUGGCGUUUUAAGGGCUUGUGUCAUCCUAUAAACCUUCUAAAAUAGAUAUUGAAAUGAAAAACGCAUAUAACAUUAUUCAUUUCAAUGUCUAUACGAAAAAAUAAAUAUGAGCAGAGAGCGCGUCAUGCUGUGGAAGUGUCAUUUGAUGACAUCCAAGUGGUCACCAUAUCAGCUGCAUUUACUGUCCGUGACGUCACCCGGACAUUCACCAUUCAAAACACGCUGCGGCCCCUACUGUAGGACACGCCCCUUCAGACACGGAAGCUCUUUUCGAAGAAAACAUCUCACAACCGAGUGAAGUGUCCGGGCAAUUUUACCCUACUGUUUCGAGCCAUAUUUAGAUAACAUGCGGCUCACAGCCAAACCACCUCCCCGCCCUAUCCACCUUCACGCAGCAGUGAUAAAUGCCCACUUCGGUGAUAAGCGCCCACUUCCACGGCGGACAUGAGCGACCGCGACGACGAGCCACCCCAGCUGACAAGGCUUCGCUUGUUUUUUUUAGUAGCUGUAUACACACCUACCUGUCAUUUGGAACCCACGAAGCUCCUGUCCUUUGCACCGUGCAAUCCAUUUUUCGCAAUGAACCGGAUCUCUUGCAAACAUGUAAAGGGUAAAUCCAUCCUCCCGAGUGUUCAAGCAAUGUCCAGCAAUGCAACGAGCCGGCAUUUUGGCUAACACGAAGGAACAACGAGCAACCUUCCCGGAGGUAAAACUAAUAGAAACAAACGUAUCCUCUUGAGGGCGCUCCUGCCAUGUACGUCACUUCCUUCUUCUUCUCGAAAACAAAUCCCUGAGAGGAGUUUCAUGGCGGGAGUAACAAAAAGCUGUAUACGUCAAAAUCAUUUUUUGUGGUGAAAAAGCAUGUGUCCAUGUCAACUGCCGUUUUUUCAUUAAUAACAUACUAAAAAUCAUGCAUUUCAUGACAGUGGCACUUUAAAGUGUAUGUUUUGUGUCAAUUAUUUCUUGAGUCAUUCUUUUAUUUGUUUUAUUAUUUGCUAGUAAUGGUAUUCUGUUUGCUGUUGUGUGAUAAUUUUAGGUUUGAUGUGACACCGUGAGUGUGUACAACAUCGUCAGUAAUGACCCGCCUGCACAAGCAUGUGUGGGGCAAUGUAAGCAUUUUCUGCUAACAGAUGUAAAAUGCAAUUGUUCCUGACUGCCUGAAAAGUGCCAUCAUAUGGUAGGUAACAUACACGCUAAAACACUGUUUAAGUGUACUUUGUUGGACAACUCACACAACAAUUGUGCACAUAAGGUAUACUCUCCAUUUUGGACAAAAUGUUAGACUUUUAAGGUAUGGUUAUGGUUGCUAAAAUAUGGUACAUAUCAUACAUAAGUAUAUUAAGACUACAUUAAUUAUUGUGAAUUUUUGUUAAUUGCGGGGCGUAAGAAAUGUAACCCUGUGAAUGAUGGGAGCCACUGUACUUUAAAAACACCAUUAUCAAUGGAAGAAAUGUUACUCUUAAUACAACCCUGAAACUGCUCAGUUAAUGAAACGACAGCUGAAUUCUUUGAUUUUAAAAAUAUGACAUUCACUGACUGAGGCAGCUGAGCAGAAAAACAUGACGACUGACCAGUUAUGCACAUUGUUUUUUUUUUAUUCUCUCACACUUCUCAUAGUUUGGUGUUUUUAUUCAGAAAUGGUCAAGUUUCUUUGCCAAAACAACUUUUUAUAUUUUGUUUGCUUAAAAUCUUGAAAAUGAAUAAAGUAUUGAUUAUUGUGAUAUCUUUUGGAAUCCUGUCAAUACUGUACCAUACAUUUUAUUUUAUUAACUUCAUGGAUGUGAGACAUGAGCCAAUUUUAUUUAUAUAAAUUAGUGCACUAAGGGGAACGCUACAAUUUUUUUUCCUUUACUCGUGAUGACAUUUUUUCAUUGGGUAGUAAUAAAGUGUGCUUAUUG